AUGAUGGAUGACAUGAUCUUAAAACAGGUCGAGAGCAUUAGUUUCGAAGAUCCGAGUGACAGCGACCAGAAUGAGCCUUGUGUGGAUGAAGCACCGCCGCGUCGCUAUGAAACGCGUCGUACCCGCGCCAUGAGCUCCCGGGAGAAGCAUACCAGCAACAUCCCAACCGUUCGUGCUCGUGAUGCAGCCGCUGCUCUUUCUGGCACCGAACGCACACUCCGACCUAGGCCUGUCUCAAUUCCAAAGCCCAAGCCGAGAGUUGCGUCGUCCUUAUUUUCGUCGAGAAAGCCUAGGACGCCAACUAACCCAUCAUCUAUGCAUCAUGCCGCGGCCGUGGUUAACUCUAAAACAAUAGUCGGGUAUACCAAGGGCCGGGACGUGUCGUGCAAGCUACAUGGCAAACCGCCUAGCACUACGAAAGGACAAACAAUUCCCCAGGGAAUUUUCUCUGCCGACACUUACGUGCGACCUUCCGGGACCCCUCCUCUCGAAACCGAUACGGUGCCUCUUGCACAUGACGCGGAUCACCUAACGGCCAAUUCUGAGGAAGUGCUCCCUGUGUAUGAGGAAGAUGAGGAGAGCUUAAAUUUCCAGCUGACGCUGUGA